GUGUGUCAGGAGUGCUGGUGAAUUCUGAAGCGAAAAAGCCUUUUGAUGACACUUUGAUGCUCCCUGAGGCAAGAACAGAUGCCUUUCCCAAUGGAAGUGAGCAGUUUGCUGAGGAAAGUUGUCCACCUGAAAUUCUAGAAUACCUGGCUGCAGAGAAACAGAAAGAACUGUCAGGUUUGCUGCUGGAACUGAAAGAAGCCCAAGAAGAAAUAAAUUUUCUGAAAAGGCAGCUCAAGGGCCCAAAUGGUCCAACUUCUAGAGGUAGCCAAACAGGAGUAGCAGCUGACCAGCUGGAGGGUAAUUCCCAGAUACUGUUUCUUGAGAGGGAAGAACAAAAGGCUUCAGAUAGACAAAAUGAGUUUGGCAGUAGCUCAUUAUUGAGAGAAAUAGAUAUUGGUGUGCUUCAGGAAAACAGAAUCGAUCUUCAAGAAGUGCCCCAGGGGAGUACUGUCCCCUGCAGAGAGGAGAUGGAGGCAAUGCAAGAUUCUGCAACAGAUCCAGAGCCUGGCAUCUCUCAAUCUCAAGAACUGAUCAAGUUGCAAAACCAAAUUGGCAAACUGCAAAUAAUUCUGCAGAAAUCAGAAGAAUCUUAUAAGAAAGAUCUAGGAGAAAAAGGGGCAGAAAUAAAUAGGCUACACCAGUUGGCUGAGGAAUACAGAAAAAAAAUAGAGUAUUCUGAUAGUGCAUUUUGUGUUUUGAUUGAAGAACGAGAUCAGCUCCUGUGUCAGAUGAAGGAACUUUCUACCGUAACAGAACUGAAAGAGCAAGUGAGGCAACUUGAGGACAAUCUCACUUUUUCAGAAAAGCAGAGACUGUCAGACAGUCAAAGCAGUCUUCUCAGAGAACAAAUCCAGAGCCUUAGAAAUGAAUUUAAAUCCAAGGAGAUAAAAAUUGAAGCUUUGCAAAAAGACUUGGAUGAAGCACAACUUCAGCUUUCUGACCAGGAUGUGCAACUAAAAAGUCUGAGAAGCCAGAUUGAGAAGAAGGAAUGUGAAGUACUUGAUCUAGAACAGCUUUUGAGGAAGAGUACAGCUGAGAUAAAAGAACUUUGCCAAAACUUAGCCUCAAAGGGGCAAGAAGCAGCAAGCCUGGAACAGCUUGUUGCUGAACACACCAGGUCUAUAGAGAGCCUGCAAAAAACCUUGCUGGAGAAAGACCAACAGAUGACAGAGAUCAGUAUCAGCAUGUCUGAGAAAAUGGUUCUGCUGAAUGAAGAGAAAUUUUCUCUAGGAAAUGAGCUGAAGAGUCUGAAAGAGCAAACAAGUCUAUUACUAAAGUAUCAGGAAGAAAAAGACCAAAACAUAGAAGCAAAAGAUACAUAUCUGAAAUGUGGGACAUCUGAGCACCAGUAUGAGACAGAGGCAGUGUGUAAAGACACUGAGGUGUUAGCAAAUAAAGUUGAACUUCUGAAAAACGAAAACGAGCAAGUAAAGCAGAAGCUGCAAACAGCACUUGCUAACAGGAAGGAGCUUCUGAAGAAGGUUAGCAAACUGGAGAAUGAAUUAGUACAGUUGCAAAGAGAACAUGAAUCUGAACCCUCAGUGGCUCAAGCAGCUGAGGGGGAAGAAAAUUCAACAAGCAUGAUAAGCAGAGAAGUGAAUCUUGGAAGCCAGCCCAGUGAAGAGUAUCUAAUUCAGCUGCUUUCUGAAAAGGAAUCUGAGCUGCAGAGCAUCCGGAAGGACCUGCGAGAUAAAGAAACAACUGUAGCACAAUUGCAGGCAGUGAUUGAGGAGAUGAGGCGAACCUUGCAAGGUAGGACAAACAUUGUUCCAGUUAAAGAUGAAAUCAUGGGGAGUCAGACAAUUGCUGAUGGAAUUGUUGAAACCAAUAAAAGCCCAAAAGAUAAUGAAGAAAAUGAAAAAAAUACUUCAGAAGUUACAAAUCUCGAAGAAAACCAAAAGUCUGCUCUGAAAGAGAGAAUUUCAGCUCUUGAACAAGAAAAAGAACAACUUCAAAAAAAACUUCAGGAAGCUCUGGCAUCUCGCAAAGACACUAUAAAAAAAGCUCAAGAAAAAGACAGGCAUCACAGAGAACAGCUGAAACAGCAGAAAGAUGAUUACAACAUCCUACAAGAACAAUUUGAUAAGCAAAGCAAAGAGAAAGAGAGCAUCCAAGCUCAGCUCAGACAACUCCAAGAACAGAAAGGAUCAAGAGAGAGUGUUCUUUUAAAUCCAGGAGGGUUGGAUUCUUCAUGCACGAAAGCAGAAAAUACAACAAAUAACGAGCUUGUACAAGUUGCAGAUGUUUCUGGGGAUGAGGAAAAACUUGAAAACUUGUGGAUGAAGAAGGAAGAAUUGGAGUUUAAUCUUAGCCAUAUGCAAAGUGAACUUGCUUGCAAAUCAGAAUUAGUCUUCCAUUUGCAAGAGAGCACAGCACAGUUGUUACUGGAGAUAGAAAGGCUGAAGAGAACCUCUGACAAAGCUGAGGCUAAAGCAGCAAGUCUUCAGGCAGAAUUGGAGGAGAGUCGAGCAAAAAUUUCUAGACGGGGCAGUCUGGAAGACCUGAAAACGCUUAUACACAAAAAGGAUGAAGAAAUUGAAUUUCUUAAUUUGCAGGUAAGGGAGAAAAGUGAGGCUUUCAGUAAUGUGCAGGCACAGUUGCUGGAAAAAGAGGAUUCAGUCAAGAGACUAUGUAGUCAAUUGGAAACUCAAGCUCAGGUACAUGAGGAGCAAAGCAAGCGACUGCAAACAGAGUUACUUGAAAUUCAGGAGAAGCAAGAUGAUGGUGCAGAAGCAGCUAAACAGAAGAAUCAAAUGCAGAGGAAGUUGCAAGCUGCGCUUAUCUCUAGAAAAGAGGCACUAAAGGAGAGCAGAUCUCUAAAAGAGGAGCUGGCUAAUGCAAAAAUUACUAUUGAAAAUCUUUGUGUCAAGUUAACAAAUACGGAAAGCCAAAUAUGUGGCCAUGUUAAAGAAAGGGAUACUUUGACAGAAAAGUUAGCGGGCCUCACUGAAGAGCGAGAAAAACUUACUGCAGAACUUGAUAAAGUACUUAGAGAAAAUCAGAAUCUUGAUGGAUGCUGUAAAAACCUGACAUUUACUGUGGAUAAAGUUGUUUUAGAGAAGGAGAAGCUGGAGAAGGAGAUGGGAUCCUUGAAAUGCUUUCAAGCCGCUGAGAGUUCUGAGUGGCAUGAGAAAUACAGGGAGCUUCAGAAAGAAUAUGAAACUCUCCUGCAGUCCUAUGAGAAUGUGAGUAAUGAGGCUGAGCGGAUUCAGCGUGUUUUGGAAACUGUUAGGCAGGAAAAACAGGAAAUUUUCAUUAAGUUGAAAAACGUUGAAGUAAAAAAAGAAGAAACAGAUAAGCAGCUACAGGAAGCUGGACAGGAAAUUGAUGGACUGAAGGAGAAAAUGAGGAAAUUUGCAAAAUCAAAGCAGCUAAAGAUCCUGGAACUAGAGGAGGAGAAUGAGAAGCUUAGAGCAGAGAUGCAUUUUACAGAUGGAGGACCACACAGGAUUGUAGAUGUUACAAAUGCUAACCUGAAAGAAGAUCUGGAGAGCUCUAGGGGGGAUUACCAGUCUCUUUCUACUCAGCUUGAGACAGUAAUGGCUGAAAAGAAGUCUCUUAAUCAAGAGAUCACAGACUUAAAGUGUCAGUUGCAGUUAGCAGAAUCUAAACUGAACAAAAGCAGAGAACUGGUAGACAAGUAUGUUUCUCAGAAGACAAUAGAGGAAGAAACAAAUGAGGCAGUUGUCACACCACCACCACCACCAGUGGAGAACACAGAAAAUCAAGCGAACAUAAGUUUUAGACCACAGUCUUCUACUGCAAAGCUGGACCAAAAUGCAUUUGGAGGUAGUAGUCCUUGUGAAGAUCUUGGUACCUACAUACAGCAGAUAGCUGAGCUCACAAAGCGAAUCACGGAACUAGAAGAUAAUAGGAGGGCUUCAGAGCAACAGCUGGACAACAUCCACAUGUGUGCUGAGACUUUAGCAGGUGAGAAAAGGGUUUUAGAGACCCAAAUGGAAGAGAAAGUCCAUGAAUUGAAGGCUCUUCAGGACACAGUUGCAAAAAUGGAACAAAUAGUCCAAAAAACCAAAGAUGACCUCAUCAAGAUGACAGAACUGAAGGACACACUAGAAGCUGAGAAGGAUGAUUUGGAAGAAAGGCUCAUGAAUCAGCUGGCAGAACUUAAUGGGAGUAUUGGAAACUAUCAGCAGGAUGCGAAAGACUUGCAGAUCAAAAAUGAGCAACUGCAACAUGAGCUUCAGGGUUUGCAGAAAAUGGUGCAUGAACUGGAGGAGGAGAAAUGUCAGAUGGCAAAGGAGAAUAGUAAAGCAGGUUCAGAAAAGCAAAAGGAAUUUGUAGAAAAGCUAAAAUGCAGUUGGAGGGGAGACAGCAGCACAUAUAGUGAGUCUCAGAAGGAGAUAGAAGCAGCCAAAGAUAAUUUAGCUAAAGCAGUUGAAGACACUAAGAAAGCCCAGGCAGAACUUGCUCUCUGCAGAGUAGUACUGGAUGAUACCCAGAGCGAGGCAGCAAGGGUUCUAGCAGAGAGUGCCAAAGUGAAAGAAGAGUUGCAGGCAAACAACGAGAAUAUUAAAAUACAAAUGAAGAAAAAAGAAGACGACUCUGAGAGAAGACUGGAGCAGGAAAAAGACAAGCACUCAAAAGAAAUUAAAAGCAUGGAAGAAAAGCUAGCAGCUUUGCAGAGGGAGAAAGACUGCCUGGAAACGACCGUUGGUGAUCUUCAAACCUCAUUGAUGACAAAGGAUCAAGAAGUCAAGAAAUUGGAAGGCAACCUAAACAAAACACUAGCCCAGCUUGCAGCUUUCACCAGGAGCAUGUCUUCCCUUCAGGAUGACAGGGAUAGAGUAAUAGAUGAAUCAAAAACAUGGGAGAAGAAAUUCACUGCAACUGUUCAAAAGAAGGAGGAAGAAAUACGUUCAAAAGAGGAAACUUGUCUUGCUCUAAAGGACCAAAUGAAGCAGAUGACCAUACAUGUAGAAGAACUUCAGACUCGUAUAUCCAGGCUGGAAUACAACAAGAAGGACUGGGAGUCUGAAUCCAGGAAGGAGAUUCAGCAUUAUCAAAAGACAUGUGAAAUGUUAGAGGAGGAAAAAAAGGGGCUUUUGACUCAGCUUGAAGGAUCUCAAAAACUGUACAGCAAGUCUCAAAAUGAACAGCAAAAAUUGGAGUCAGAAAUCAGCAGCCUAAGAGACCGGCUUGCUGACUUACAGAAUUCCUUCACCAAAUGUGAAUCAGUCAGAGACGAGCUGGGGAGCAUGGUUAAGCAACAAGAGGCCAGUAUCCAGAAUUUCAAAUUCACCUGUGAACAGCUUGAGGGUGAUCUGCAAGCUUCCAAGGAUCUAACAAAUAAGCUGCAUGAAGAAAUUAGUGCCAAAGAUCAAAAGAUCAUUAGUUUGCUGUCUGCCAAGGAGGAAGCAGUUGUGGCUGCUCUAUGUGAAUUACAGCAGCUACAUUCUGAAGAAAUGAAUGAGUUGGAGCGUAGACUAAGUAAGGAGGAAGAAGAUAAAAAAGCACUGGAAAAUGAGAAGAACAAAUUUCUUGACAAACUUGAUUGUCUCACUGAAAAGAUGAAAAUAAGCAGAGAAGAAAGUAAGCAGCAGAAGGCACAACUGGACUCUUUCACUAAGUCCAUGUUAUCUUUGCAAGAUGACAGAGACCGCAUUCUGAGAGACUACAAGCAACUUGAGGAACGUCAUCUUACUAUAAUCUUGGAAAAAGACCAGCUAAUUCAAGAGGCGGCUGCUGAAAACAAUAAGCUUAAGGAAGAAAUCAGGAGUUUUCAUAGCCGGAUAGAUGACCUAAACUCUGAGAAUGCCAAGCUGAAUGCAGAAUUGGUGAGGUAUAGAGAAGACUUGAACCAAGUGAUUUCAAUAAAGGACUGCCAACAGAAACAACUUCUCAAAACACAGCUUCAGCGGAGCCAGACUCUGGAAAAGGAGAAGGCAAUCAUAGAAAUACAGCUGAAAGAGUCUCAGCAUACUCAGGAUGAUCUCAGGAAGUGCAUGGAAGCUUUGAGAGAGGAUAAAGUCAGUAUGUUGCAAGAGAUUAAAACCCUUACGUCCUCUCUGUCUCAGGUGCAGAAUGAGGUGACGGCAUUACGUGAGGGAAGUCCUAUCAUGGAGUAUCAAGCACAACUGAAGGCCCGAGAGGAAGAGGCACAAGAGCUGAGUCAUAAGCUUUCCCUCUCUCAUAAAAGGAUAACAGAACUUGAGGCAGAACUAGUAUCUAUUCAAAGGGAUGCAGCCAAGAGGGUGGGAGAGGCUGAGGACAGGCUUCGGAAGGAAUUGAAGCACCUGCAUCAUGAUGCAGGGAUAAUGAGGAAUGAAACAGAAACAGCAGAAGAGAGAGUAGCAGAGCUGGCUCAGGACUUGAUGGAAAUGGAACAGAAACUUCUUGUGGUCACAGAUGAAAACAAAGAUCUCAGAGCUCAAAUUCAGUCUUUUGGGAAGUCCAUGAGCUCUCUUCAGGAUAGCCGGGACCAGGCCAAUGAGGAGCUUCAUGUUUUGAAACAGAAAUACUCUGCAGAUUUAGAGGAACAAAAGACUCUAGUGCAAAAUCUUCAGAAAGAGGUGGUUCAUCUACAAAAGGAGAAAUGUUUUACUGCCAGGGACCGAGAUACAGCAAGGUCUGAGCUGGCAGAACUGCAGAAAGCCACUGAUGAAAGAGGUCUUUUGGCUGAGAUUGGGAAACUUGAUCAGAAGCUCAGAGCAAAAGAUGAUGAGCUUCUCCAUUUGUCUUCAGAACUGGAAAGCUCUUCCAACCAAGUCAAAUCUUUCUCCAAGGCUAUGGCAAGCCUGCAGAAUGAGCGAGACCGUCUGCUGAAUGAAUUGAAAACAUGUAAGAUUGAAGAAGUGAAGCAAAAAGCAGAAGGGAGCACUUCCACCACUCCUUCAGAAGUGCAGAGUCUUAAGAAGGCACUGUCCUCCUUGCAGAAUGACAGAGACAGAGUAGUAAGAGAGUUGAAGAAUCUGCAGCAGCAAUACAUCCUUGUUGGGGUAGAAUCAGCUGAAAAUUCUCUCUUAAAAGCACAACUGCAGCAAUACCAGCAAGAAGCAGAUAAACAGCACUGUCUCCAAGAACAGCUGAAGCAAGAAAGUAUUUCCUACCAGCAGGAGAUCCAUCAGCUUAGACAAGAGAAAACUACCUGGGAAAAGCAGAACAGCAGCAUAAAGGAGCAGUACCUGAUGGUCAUAGCAGAAAAAGACAAGCAACUGAGCCAUUUACAAAGAAUUAUGCAAGAAAUGGGACUGCCUCUCAACAAGUCUCAAGUUGUAGAGGAGCAAUACCAAACAAAGAUUUCUUCAGAAACUCUGAGAGGGGACUUCUCAAGCCUUGAAACAGAGACAAAGUAUCUCCAGGCCCAGCUAAGUGACAGCCUGAAAGAACUUCACCAAAAAGAGCUCAGAAUUCAGCAGUUGAACAGCAAG